AUGGAAGAAGAAAGAAAAGUUGCAGAGUUACAGAAAAAUAUGACACAGGACUCUGUGGUCUUUGAGGAUGUGGCUGUGGACUUCACCCAGGAGGAGUGGGCUCUGCUGGAUUUUGCUCAGAGGAGCCUCUACAGAGAUGUGAUGCUGGAAAACUUUCAGAACCUGGCCUCCCUAGGGUAUCCACUGCAGACACCAUAUCUGAUCUCCCAGUGGAAACAAGAGGAGGACCUGGAGACAGUGGAAAGAGGACCUAUCCAGGGGGAGCACCAGGAAGGUUUUGAGAUUCAACUUAAAACUAAUGAAUCAGUAGCUCCACAAGAUAUUUAUGGACAAAGAAUAUCCAGUGAACAGAAAAUAGUAAGAUUCAAAAGGAAUGAUUCUUGCUCAUCCAUUUUACACAAAAACUGGGAAUACCAUGGUAUUUGUUAUCAGAACAAAAACCAUGAGAGACAUUUGAGAAGUCCAGUUGUGGAGAACAUCUAUGAAUGUAAUGAAGAAAAUCGGUGUGGACAAGACUUCAGCCAAAUUUCACAUCUUAAUAUACUCAAGAGAACUACUGAAGUGAAGUCCUAUGAAUGCCAUGAGUGUAAAAUGGCCUUCACGGAUCAUUUAUCCCUUAAGAAUCACAUCAGGUCUCACACUGGAAGCAAACCCUAUCAGUGUAAAGAAUGUGGGAAAGCUUUCCAUUUUCUUGCUUGUUUUAAGAAGCAUGUGAAAAAUCCCACUGAAGGGAAACCUUAUGAAUGUAAAGAAUGUACAAAAACCUUCGGUUGUUCUUCCUUCUUUAGGGCACAUAUGAAGAUUCACACUGGAAAGAUAAGCUAUGAAUGUAAGGAAUGUGGAAAAACCUUUAGCUGUUCUUCAUCCCUGACAGAACACAAAAGGAUUCACAGUGGAGAUAAGCCUUAUGAAUGUAGGGAAUGUGGGAAGGCAUUUAGUUGUUCUUCCUCACUCUCCAAACACAAAAGAAUUCACAGUGGAGAUAAGCCAUAUGAAUGUAAGGAAUGUGGGAAAGCCUUUAGUUCUUCCUCUCACCUUAUAAUACAUAUAAGAAUUCAUACUGGAGAGAAGCCUUACGAAUGUAAAGAGUGUGGGAAGGCCUUCAGCGAGUCCUCAAAACUCACUGUACACGUCAGAACACACACAGGAGAGAAACCCUAUAAAUGUAAGGAAUGUGGGAAAGCCUACAAUUGUCCCUCCUCCUUAAGUAUCCAUAUGAGAAAACACACUGGAGAGAAACCCUAUGAAUGCCUGGAAUGUGGAAAAGCCUUCUAUCUUCCCACUUCCCUUAAUACGCAUGUGAAAAAUCAAAGUAGAGAGAAACCCUAUGAAUGUAAGGAAUGUGGAAAAGCCUUUAGUUGUCCCUCAUCCUUCAGAGCACACGUGAGAGAUCACACUGGAAAGAUACAAUAUGAAUGUAAGGAAUGUGGGAAGGCCUUUAGCCGUUCCUCAUCCCUCACUGAACACUUAAGAACUCACACUGGAGAGAAGCCUUAUGAAUGUAAAGAAUGUGGGAAAGCCUUUAUUAGUUCCUCCCAUCUUACAGUACAUAUAAGAACUCACACUGGAGAGAAACCUUAUGAAUGUAAGAAAUGUGGCAAAGCCUUUAUUUAUCCCUCAGCUCUGAGGAUCCACAUGAGAACACAUACUGGGGAGAAACCUUAUGAAUGUAAGGAUUGUGGGAAAGCCUUUCGUCAUUCUUCAUACCUUACUGUCCAUGUGAGGACGCACACUGGCGAGAAACCCUUCGAAUGUCUGGAAUGUGGGAAAGCCUUCAGUUGUCCCUCAUCCUUUCGAAGACACGUAAGAAGCCACACUGGAGAGAAACCAUAUGAAUGUAAGGAAUGUGGGAAAGCCUUUGUGUGUCCUGCCUACUUUCGAAGACAUGUGAAAACUCACACUAGGGAAAACGUAUAAAUGCUGUGAAAUGUGGAAGCGUCUGCAAGGCGUUUUCACCUCAUAGCAUAUCUGGAACGUUGUGGAGAUGGGCCAUGAAUGUAAGAAAGCAAGAAAGUGUUGCUUAUCUGUUUGAGGACUUGAGAAC